CCAUACAUUGAGAGGAAGAGAAGUCGAGCUUUCCUGAUUGGUCAGCUGAGCUCUGUGAGCGAGAUUAACCAUCUUUAUCAGAUUAUUUAUGACAGGGUUUUAUAGCAACAGUUCGUGCUGAUGAGUUUGAAGAAAAAAGGCUGAAUAUUUUGUGUAUUUAGUAGGAGCACUGUUCAGCUUUAAAGCCUGAGCUCUGUAGAUGUUUUGUCAUGGAGGUUGGCCUGUGCUCUGUGAGAGAAACACACACUCCUGCUGCUCAACACUUAGAGGUAACCCUGAGUGAUCUUUCUGAAGAUGUACACACUGAGGCUUUUAGCACUUCUACUGAAGGAAGAGCCAUCAUCACUGUGGACCAUCAGGGUGGAGAUUUCCUGAUAAAUCCUCUAAAACAGGAAGAGUCUGAAGAUGAAGGCUUUCUACAUGAAGGCACAUCAAACUCUCUGAGCCGUGUUACUCCUAAUGAUCAGCUGGAUGAAGGAUUCCACAUGCAGCAGCUUAAAAAAGAGGAACCCGAAGAUGACAAAUACCUCUACUGUGAGGACUGCAGAUUGUUCUUCAUCAACAAAUGUGAGGUUCAUGGUCCAGCUCUCUUUGUCCCUGAUAACGCUGUUCCCCUGGGAGUCCCUGACCGAGCCAAGCAAACAAUUCCACCUGGUCUGGUGGUUCAGGAGUCCAGUAUUCCUGAUGCAGGCCUGGGAGUGUUUAAUAUGGGAAAGACUGUCCCAGUUGGUGUGCACUUUGGGCCUUAUCAGGGAGAAUUGGUAGACUGUGAGGAAGCUAUGAACAGUGGCUACUCCUGGGUGAUCUACAGGGCUGAGCAGUGUGAACAGUACAUUGAUGGCAGGAAGGAGAUUCAUGCUAACUGGAUGAGGUUUGUUAAUUGUUCGUGUGAUAACGAGGAGAAGAACCUUGUGGCGUUUCAGUACCAGGGUGGUAUUUUCUACCGUUGCUGUCGACCCAUUAGACCAGGACAGGAGCUCUUGGUGUGGUACACCAAGGAGUACACCAAAAAUCUCAGCAUUGCAUUUGGCUAUAUCUGGAAGAAAAAGUGCUCUGCAAAUGAAAUAGACAUUGAAUCAAGCCAGUGGAUUUACACACAAGAUAAACCACAUCAGUGCUUACAGUGUGGUAAGAGAUUUACUGAGAGAGGUACUCUGGACAAACACUAUCGUAUCCACACUGGUGAGAAGCCAUAUCACUGCUCAGAAUGUGGAAGGAGUUUUACACAGCAGAGCACUCUUCAGCGACAUCAGCGCAUCCACACCGGCGAGAAACCGUAUCUAUGCUCACACUGUGGAGACAAGUUUUCAAACCAGAGUAAUCUCCAGAGGCACCAGCGUGUCCACACUGGAGAAAAACCGUAUCAUUGUUCACUGUGUGGAAAGAAUUUUACACAACGGAGUACACUCCAACGACACCAGCGCAUUCACACUGGAGAGAAACCGUAUCAGUGUCCAGACUGUGGGGAGAGGUUUACUCACCAGAGCCUCCUCCAGUCACACCAACGCCUACACACUGGAGAAAAGCCAUAUCACUGUCCGUUGUGUGGGAAGAGUUUUACUGAGAGAGGUGCUCUUAAGAAACACCAGCGCAUUCACACAGGAGAAAAGCCAUAUCAUUGUUCAGACUGUGGGAAGAAUUUUACUGAGAAAAGUGCUCUUAAGAAACACCAGCGCCUUCAUACAGGAGAGAAACCAUAUUACUGUUCGCAGUGUGGACGGAGCUUCACUUUCUCAAGUUCUUUUAGUACACACAAGUGCACAAACACUUGCAACGUGUAGUUUAUUAUUUACUUUUCAAAUGAAGAAUAUUAUAUAUUUUUGUCUUAAGCAGAUUUUUUCAGUUUUGCUGUUUCCCCACUCAUUCUCCACAUUACCCGUGUUGUCCUUUUUCCCUGUGGUGUAAUGUACUAUUAUGGGCAAUUUACAUUGUGGUUCCACUAAAAGUUCUUUUUUUUCUGAAAUGAGUUAGAGCAAGCUACUCAACAUCCAGUGUCUAAUGCCCUGUACAUGUUCCUCAAUUAUUAAGCAUGACGUUUGACAUCUUGCUAUGCUGAAAGAUAUAGCUGUGUGUUAAAGGUUGGGUCUCCGAUAUUUGAGAAAUGAUUCAGAAAACUGAGUUGGGUGACCAAACAAA